GGCUCCGCGCGCCUCCGAGCGCUCCGAGGAGAAGCGCAGACCUGGCAACAGCGUCCAUCUGUGCGCGCCGCCCUCCUGCGCCCUAGCCCGCCAUGGGGCCAACUUGCAACUCCUAGGGCUCAGCCUAGGGCCAAGAGAAAUCCGAGAAGCAACAAGCAGAAGCCAAGAUGAGUUUCCGCAAGGAGGAUGGCGUGAGCAGCCUGUGCCAGAAGGCACUGCACAUCAUCACCGAGCUGUGCUUCGCGGGCCAGGUGGAGUGGGACAAGUGCUCGGGCAUCUUUCCCGCCGAUAGGGCCAGCCAGGGAGGAGGUGGCACAGAUAUUUCAGUCAGCCUAUUAGCAGUUGUCGUAAGCUUCUGUGGCCUAGCCUUGUUGGUUGUCUCCCUUUUCGUCUUCUGGAAGUUGUGUUGGCCAUGCUGGAAGAGCAAGCUUGUGGCUCCCCAUGUCAGUGCCCUUCCACAAAGCAUCUCAAGUGCUCCAACGGAAGUUUUUGAGACUGAAGAGAAAAAAGAAGUAGAAGAAAAUGAAAAGCCAACGCCAAAAGCUAUUGAGCCUGCAAUAAAAAUCAGCCACACAUCCCCUGACAUCCCAGCGGAAGUUCAGACGGCUCUAAAGGAGCAUUUGAUUAAACAUGCUCGUGUGCAAAGACAAACCACUGAGCCUACAUCUUCAUCCCGCCACAAUUCCUUCAAGAGACACCUACCAAGGCAAAUGAACGUCUCCAGUGUUGACUUUAGCAUGGGCGCCGAACCUGUCUUACAAAGAGGAGAGACGAGGACCAGCAUUGGGAGGAUCAAACCAGAGCUCUAUAAGCAGAAAUCGGUUGACUCCGAGGGCAACAGAAAAGACGAUGUCAAAACCUGUGGGAAACUUAACUUCACGCUUCAGUAUGAUUAUGAAAACGAACUCCUAGUUGUGAAUAUUGUCAAAGCUUUAGAGCUCCCAGCUAAAGAUUUUACAGGCACUUCUGAUCCUUACGUGAAGAUCUAUCUUCUUCCAGACAGGAAAAAGAAAUUUCAGACGCGCGUCCACAGGAAGACGCUAAACCCCCUGUUUGAUGAGAUAUUUCAGUUUCCAGUGGCCUAUGAUCAGCUAAGCAACCGGAAACUACACUUUAGCAUAUAUGAUUUUGACAGAUUUUCCAGGCACGACAUGAUUGGGGAAGUGAUUCUUGAUAACUUAUUUGAAGUCUCUGAUCUCUCCAGGGAAGCCACAGUGUGGAAAGAUAUCCACUGUGCUACCACGGAAAGCAUAGACCUGGGCGAAAUCAUGUUUUCCCUUUGCUAUCUGCCAACCGCUGGGCGGAUGACUUUGACAGUGAUCAAGUGCAGAAAUCUGAAGGCAAUGGACAUCACCGGGUCAUCGGAUCCUUAUGUCAAAGUGUCUUUGAUGUGUGAGGGCCGACGACUUAAGAAACGGAAAACGACUACAAAGAAAAACACUCUCAAUCCUGUGUACAAUGAAGCCAUUAUUUUCGACAUCCCUCCGGAGAAUGUGGACCAGGUCAGCCUGUGCAUUGCCGUCAUGGAUUAUGACAGGGUGGGGCACAAUGAGGUCAUAGGCGUGUGUCGAACUGGACUAGACGCUGAGGGUCUUGGGCGAGACCACUGGAACGAAAUGCUGGCCUACCACCGGAAACCGAUCACACACUGGCACCCCCUGCUGGAGUUACCUGGCCGGGCAACCAGCUUUGAUAGUCAAGGAUCCUGUUCUUCUCCAAGACUACCAUCCACACCAUAAAGCCUCCAAAUAAAACCACGUCACAGAAAGACCUAGAAUCAUGUGCUCAUCGAAUCAGAUAUACACAGACACAGAACAUUUGACUUCUUCAUUUAAAAUAUACCCAUGAUAAUGAAUAACUUGUUGUAUAAUUUCUGUUUGUUUUACCUCUUGGUUUAUUUCUGUUUUUAACUUUGAGCAUAUCAAUGCAUUUUAUCUGAGUACUAAUAGUCCUUAGUUAUAUAAGGUAUUUUAUAUUUCAUGUCAUUUAUUAGCACCGUGUUUUAAUAUGUUUUAAUUCUUUGCUUAAACAAAGAAAUAAGUUAUUUGACAAGAGAACCCAGUUGUGUGUAAAAUUAAAUAUAGUUUAUGCCUGUGUUGUAUGAAAUAGUAAAAUCUAUCAUUUCCAGAUGUACAGGCUUUAUGUAAACUUUAAUGAACACAUUUAAAUUAAUUCCACAGGAUCAACUCCUUCAAGUUCUAAUUAAUGUCACUUGUAUGAUAAUAGAGUUUUCCUUCGCAAUCAUCAUUUUUGUCAUUGGGGUUUAUCCCUCAAGCUUCUUAUUUGGGGCCCUCAGCUAAGCUGCAAAAAUGAAAACUCACUUUGAAUAUAAAUAUACAAAGUGACAUUGAGUAGCAGGUUGUCAACAGUAGUCCAGACACCUGCUAUAAUGCUUAGUUGCUAGUUCUGAAACUUCUAGUCGUCUUCACCUCAAGGGUAGCAUUGGUAUCCACCCUAAGAGGCUACAGUCAUAACUUCAUCUUUCAAGGUUCUCCCGUACUGUGGUGUGUCUGUUCUGUGACAUGAAGCUGCCGUGUGCUCCCAUGAUUUUGAUGGAUCGCACUUAACAGAAACCAAAAGUCCAGCCGCUCUCAGUGCCAUGGUCUUUUAGAUAGACAGGUGAUGACUCCACCCACUCAGGAUCUCACUGGAGUGGAGAGUCUCAAGGAAAGCAUGACUUGUUCAACAAACUAUAGAUGCAUGUUACAAACAGUACAACUUUCACACUUAAUACAAACAAACAUAUUCCAAAGGAUUAGAUAGCCAGCCAUUGACUUUCAAACAGAUUAAUUAAUCAAACCAUUAGAGGAAAAAACUAUGCAAAUGCUUUUUUGUUUACAAGAGAACUUUCUUUGAAAUCAGGCCAGCUUUUUAUUGUCUCAUUUUAAGACCCCACUGGACGGAAACUGUAUGAAAUUAACCUUACUUUCGAAGUGUGCGUAUUUAAAGUUUAUUCCACAAUAAGGUUUUUUAAAAGGAAGAAAAUUUGUAUUUGGAAUUUUAAAACAAGUUAAUUAGGAUGAGAAAGUUUUAGACAAUGAAGUUUUUAUAUUUGUAAAAUCCCUUAUUUCAAAUAUUAGGAAAUAUAUUUAAAAGUCUUGAAUUUCUCUCAUCAAGAUUCAAUUACUGUUAACUAGAAUGAAAACACAUCACACAUUAAUAUUCUCGGUGUAAACUCAGUUCUGCCUAAAACUUUUCAAAAAUGCCUAUGUCAAGAUAAUGUAAAAAUAAUACUAAGCUUUUUCUCAUUAAAAAUAAGAGAAAUAUGUCUGAAAACACUUGACUCUCCUGUCAAGUCAAAACACACAAACAAACAGAAACAAACCCUACUUGUGGCAGACUGGGAGACUCAAGAUGACAACUAAUCUUGAAGUCUUUGUUUCACUGUAAAAUAAUAGCUGUUAGAUGGAAAGAAAACGCUAGAAUCCUAGUGUGCUAACAUUUAGGGAGAUACUUUAGCAGUAGAUAUAGCUGUGACAUUUCUUAAGUAGGUGGUGUAUGCAUUUUCAUUCAAAAUGAUAUCUUAUAGACUUACUCCUGGCAAGAUCACAGCUAACUUCCUAAAGAGAACAGGCUAAACCUUCCGAGGAACAAAAGGGAACUGUCAGGUAACCAGAAUAUUUUAAAUAGGAGGCAAGUAGAUGAAAAUUAGAUUGGAAAAAAAAUUAAAUGCAAAAUUACACGAGAAUUAAGUCAUUUAUUUCUCAUGAGAAGUACGUCAAAGCAUUUGCUCAACCUAGGAAAGAGAUUAAAGAGAGAAAUUUCACAACUUUCAGCUAAUGUGUGAGAGUUUUCUCUCAGAGUACUGCACAAAUUCAUUAGAACGACAGUUCGUGCUGAGAAAAAAACAAUCCUUAUGUGUCUUAUGCAACGCCCCCUCAUCCUCCCCUUCCAAGCACAGAACCUUCUCUCUGCUUGUGAGGUACUGUUAGUUUCUCAGCGUUUAAAUACGGGUCAGUGUUGCAGACGCCCUCCACUAGCCUGUGGGAUGGUAUGUGCGGGUUGAUGCAGCAUGAAGCUGUAAUUUAGGUAUACAAUAAAUUCCCGAUUUCAGGGAUGCAUUCAGGGACUCACCAACAUAUGCAUCUAGGGAAAAAGAUUCAGUGUCGCCUUGUGGGCCUGACAGCGCAGUUGCUAAGUACACUGAACAUGAAGACACCAGUAUGUGUCUAGUGCACCCUCCUUUCACAAAUCCAGCAGCCGAUUCGUUUGCGAUUUUGAUUUGUUCCUCAUUGGUGUCCUACAUUAGAUUUUAGUCAAAAGGUCCAGGUACGAUCAUCUGCUUCCUAAUGCAUUUUUCUCACUGGUUAUUGAUUGCUUUUUCAGGCCACCCUGUGUUGCUGGUACCUCACAUGUAAAACUCACCAUGUUCAUAGACACUCAGUUCAGUACCAAAUGUUAGGACAAACGCCAGGGAAGUAAUGGGAGGAAGCGGAGCCAGUCAUGCACCGUCAUAUAGUUUUGUGGUGUGUGCACAUAUUAGUCACUGCAGGGAGCUCACAAGCAAUCAAUACUGACUCAGGGUUUAUAGUAGAGCAAAUGUAUCUGAGAGAUUUGGUUGUGAUCGUUAAUUGAUACUCACAACUAUGAGUGUUCUUUUGUAGUGUUUAUUCUUUUAAAAAUUUCCAGGCUCAGUAAGAAACACUCAGUCUCUUGAAGCUUUCAUUCAGGAGCUACUUCAAAAGUAAAAAUAAGUCAGAAUUCCAUUCCACUGCCAUCAUUACUAUCUAUAAAGCAAAUCAUAAUUUAUUCCAAAAUGAGAUGUCCAAGCAGCCAGGAAUCACUACAAUAAAGGAACAUAAAAUCAUAACAUUGAACACACACCAAUUUCUUUCUACCUCUUCAGAAAAGACUACUUGAUAUAUUCUUGAGCAGAAUUUGUCUGAUUUUUUGUUAUAAUAGCUGAGAUAUUACCAACCAGUUUAACUGCAAAUAGUUAGAAAACUGGGUUGGUAUGGCCUUGGGUAACCACUCGGCAUCUUUGUUAAACGUAAAGAAAGCAUGACCUUGUGUCACAACUUGGUCUUCUAGCAAUUACAGUUUUUCUGAGAUGACCGAGCUGGUUUCAAUGCUUGUCGUUUUUAGACUAAAAGUGUACUGUUGUCAGCAAGUAGAUUUUUAAAAACCUGAAAAUGAGAUAAUUUAAAGAAACCAUAUGGGUAGUGAAAAAGAUAUUAAAGCAUAGGAAACAAAGAUAUUGAGGUAUCGUAAAAAAGGAACUCUUUUGUAUUUUAAGUUUCAGUGGGCAAUAAAUUCUCAAAUAAUGUUCCAAAACUCCAUAACUUAGCAUUUAAUAAUUACUCAGAGACAAGGUUCAGGAUACCAUUUAUCUGAACCUGCCGUAAAGACCUAGUAUUAAGGAGAAAAAUGAGUUUUAAUACUUUACAUGGGGAAAAGAGAUAAUUAAGUAAAAUGCUAUUUCCAAAACAUUAUCUCUUAGGUAUUCUAUUAACUAAGAAUUUUCUUUCAUUAAAAGAUCAAUAUUUAUCCGAUAAUCUGUCAGUUAAGAUUAAGGUAGCUACUUAUAAUCAACCAUUAAUGUUAAUCAAAAAGAUGUAUUUGAAGAGUGGCCCUGCAUAUUUGAUCAAAAUGCAUUCUCGUUUGAUCAAAAUGCAUUUAACUGCAUUUUUAUUAAAAUGCAUUUUUAUUAAAAUGCAGUUAAAUUGAUAUUUUCCUUUCAUCAUGUCUAUUAAGGAACUACAAUAAGUUUGAUUUGGUAGCAUGGUAGUGCUGUGCUAAAGAGAGAGAGAGAGAGAAUCAUUCAAUUAAGGACCAAGGUAAGCCUUAAUGAUUUACGUAAUGAAAAUAUUUGAAUACUAAAAAGCAGUGACUGAGAAAAAAUAAGUAAAAGAUGUUUAAAAGAAAUGAUAGUAUUUUGUAUGUCUGAGAUGAUUCGAUACACUCCUCCCAGAGGGAACUAUUUAUAUAAAUCCUAUUUUUAAUCUCUAUUGUGAUGAGAAAUACGAGUUGCUCUUGAUAUAUUUAUAUGGAAAUAUUUUAAUCUCAAGCCUAUAAUAAUUUUUGAUGUAGACCAUGAGACCCUUUCCAAACACUGACACUACGUCUGAUUUUAUCACAGAGGGUAAAAGUAAACCAUUGUCUUCUGAUGUUCUGUUGAGUUACACCCACUGUGCACAGAAUGUCAUACUUACUGAACAUAUGACUGAGUUUUAAUUAUCCAAUCUCAUGAGGAUUUUGUUUCUUGAAAAUAAAUUACUGAAUACUGAUGCAAUUUACAGAUAUGAGUCAAAAUUCACUAAGAAUAAGUUUUGAUGUUGCAAAGUUAAUGUAUAAAAUGGAUAGAUUCGCUAAGGCUUGCCAUAUUGCUUCUUGUGUGCCUCAUCUGAGCAUUAAGACAGGGAAUUAUAUCUUUCCAUGAUUUGCUGAAAACUUUGCACACUCCUAAUAACUGCUUUCCCCAAGAUUAUGUAAAACAACACAAUUGUCAUCCUCUAUAAAUACUUAUGUAAAUUAUCUCAUAGGUUUCAUUAAGAUUCGCUGUUUUUCUUGUAGAGUCCUUUAAGCUUUGCAUUUAAAGAAUUUAGUAGUAUCAACAUGAAGAGCUCACUGCAUCAAGGAGAAGCAGGCAAAACUCCAAUAUGUAAAAUAUUUGCAUUUCUAGCUUGUUCCUUAAACAAAGAGUACAACAUGCAGGUUGCCAACAUUAGCUGUUAUUAACCCAACAGAGCAAAGAUGGGGUUCACAUUCAGAGACGGAGAAAUCACAGAACACUGUGAAUUCAGAAUUAAGAUAAGUCGAACUAGAAAAAAAAACUGGCUUCCGUCAUAAACAUGAUGUUUCCUCUAACUCCCUUACAAGUUGAUAGUGGCCAUGUAUACUGAUAAGACCUGCUAGUCCUCUUCUUCCCACAGAGCCUCAGGCAAUUUGAAUCCACCAUAGUUCAUCUUUUUUCAAUACCUUUAAGUCGUUGUUCUUAAUGUAACUUUUCAAGUGAAGUUUGUGAUUUCAUACUUAGCCAUUGUUUAAGUCAGUAUCUUUGACUUCUACAUUAUAGAACAGAAACUAAAGUCUUGAAAUUCACAUCUCUGACUUUGUACAUGGUGACCAGUCAUUUGCAAAUCUUGACAUCUUAUAAUCAUAUUCCUUCGAGCAGGUGUUUCUGUAAACCCUCUGAAAAGGUGUUACACAUUGUAUUUUGGUAUUUUUUCCUGUCUUCUUUAGAGUGUACGAACAUAUUUGUCAGGAUCAGAUGAAUUAUGUA